CCCGUGCGUGACGCUCCCGCCAGUGCCCAACAUGGCGGCGGGCGGCGGCGGCGGCGGCGGCUGCGGGGGGAUCCCGCUCCGGCCGGGCCCGUUCCUGCCGCCGCUGCUGCUGCUGCUGCUGCUGGCGCUGCCCGGCGGCGCCGCGCCCGCGCCCGACACCGUGGUGCUGGGGCUGCGCCUGGAGGAGAGCACCAAGCCGGCGGCGGCGGCGGCGGCCCCGGCGGGGGCGGCCGAGCGCGGGCCCAUCCGCCUGACGGAGGGCAGCGAGGCCCUGCUGCGCCUCUACGGGCUGGGGCUGGGCCCCGGCGCCGCCGAGCGCGUGGCCUUCGCCGAGCUGCGGCCGGGCGGCAACGCCUCGAGCGGCAACGGCACGUGCCAGGAGCGCUCGCAGGACCUGCUGGUGCGGCCCGGGCCCGCCGAGCCCCGCGACACCUCGGCGCUGCUCCGCGUGCGGGUGCAGCCGCUGCGCAAGGACGAGCGCGCCAAGACCUACGUGCUGUGCUCGCAGCGGCGGCCCGGGCAGCCCUGGCUGCCGCACCAGGGCCCCGACGGGCACGUGCUGGUGCUGGAGGAGAAGAAGUCGCUGCUGCCGCUGUGGCUGCAGGUGAUCCUGAUCGCGGGCCUGCUGGUGCUCUCGGGGAUGUUCAGCGGGCUCAACCUGGGCUUGAUGGCGCUGGACCCCAUGGAGCUGCGCAUCGUGCAGAACUGCGGCACCGACAAGGAGAAGCGCUACGCGCGCAGGAUCGAGCCCAUCCGCAGGAAAGGCAACUACCUGCUCUGCUCGCUGCUGCUGGGCAACGUGCUGGUCAACACCACGCUGACCAUCCUGCUGGACGACCUCAUCGGCUCCGGCAUCGGCGCCGUGGUGGCCUCCACCAUCGGCAUCGUCAUCUUCGGCGAGAUCGUGCCGCAGGCGCUGUGCUCGCGGCACGGGCUGGCCGUGGGCGCCAACACCAUCGUGGUCACCAAGUUCUUCAUGCUGGUCACCUUCCCGCUGUCCUACCCCAUCAGCAAGCUGCUGGACUGCGUGCUGGGCCAGGAGAUCGGCACCGUGUACAACCGCGAGAAGCUGGUGGAGAUGCUGAAGGUGACGGAGCCCUACAACGACCUGGUGAGGGAGGAGCUCAACAUGAUCCAGGGAGCGCUGGAGCUGCGCACCAAGACGGUGGAGGACGUGAUGACCCCGCUGCAGAACUGCUUCAUGAUCAACAGCGACGCCAUCCUGGACUUCAACACCAUGUCGGAGAUCAUGGAGAGCGGCUACACGCGCAUCCCGGUCUACGAGGACGAGCGCUCCAACAUCAUGGACAUCCUCUACGUCAAGGACCUGGCCUUCGUGGACCCCGACGACUGCACGCCCCUCAAGACCAUCACCAAGUUCUACAACCACCCCGUGCACGUGGUGUUCCACGACACCAAGCUGGACGCCAUGCUGGAGGAGUUCAAGAAGGGGAAGUCCCACCUGGCCAUCGUGCAGAAGGUGAACAACGAGGGUGAGGGUGACCCCUUCUACGAGGUGCUGGGGCUGGUGACGCUCGAGGACGUCAUCGAGGAGAUCAUCAAGUCGGAGAUCCUGGACGAGUCCGACACCUACAUUGACAACCGCAGCAGGAAGAGGGUGUGCAACCAGAAGAACCGACGGGACUUCUCGGCCUUCAAGGACCCCGACAACGAGCUGAAGGUCAAGGUGUCACCUCAGCUCCUGCUGGCCGCCCACCGCUUCCUGUCCACCGAGGUGACCCUCUUCACCCCCAACUUCAUCUCGGAGAAGAUCCUGCUGCGGCUCCUCAAAUACUCGGACGUCAUCCAGGAGCUGAAGUUCGACGAGGAGAACAAGAAGUCGCCGCGGCACUUCCUGUACUGCAAGAACAAACCGGCCGACUACUUCAUCCUCAUCCUGCAGGGCAAGGUGGAGGUGGAGGCUGGCAAGGAGUGCAUGAAGUUCGAGGCAGGAGCCUUUUCCUACUACGGGGUGAUGGCCCUGAGUCCUCCUCCUGGAUCUGAGAUCCGCUCCCCGUCCCACAUGAGCGGCCUGAACCGCUCGGCCUCGCUGAGCUACCACGAGCGCUCGGACUCGGGCUCGUCGCCGGUCAGCGGCAGCAACAACCAGCUCAACGCCGGCGGCGCGCAGUACGUGGCCGACUUCAGCGUGCGCGCCCUCACCGACCUGCAGUUCGUCAAGAUCACGCGGCAGGAGUACCAGAACGGGCUGCUGGCGUCGCGCAUGGACAGCUGUCCCCAGUCCCCCGACAGCGCCGCCCCCAAAGCCGACGCGGCCAUCCCGGAGAAGCCGGAGCCGCCGGCGCCGGCCGACGAGACCACGAGCCUGCUGAACGAGAGGAACUGCCUGAGCCGCCGCAGCAACCACAGCGGCCUGGAGAACUCCAUCUGACCCCGGCCGCGCCGGCGCGCUGCGGCGUGCCGCGCACGGACCUCGGCCCGAGGAUGAGCCGCUGCCGGAGCAGGAGGAGGCUGGUGGGAUGGAGGGGCUGGGAUUGGCCGCUGCCGGUCCGGGCUCCGUCGGUCUGGGAUGGACGGAGCGGCGCCGGCGCUGCCGGCACGGCGCCCACGGCUCAGGGAGCUUCGGGUCUCAGUUUGCCCUGGGGACCCUGGGGUGGACAUCCCGACCUGCCAGGGGAUCUGGGAUGGACAUCGGGGAUGGACAUCCCAAACCUGCCAGGGGAUCUGGGAUGGACAGCCCAACAUUGCCAGGAAAUCUGGGAUGGGCAUCCCAACCCUGCCAGGGUCCAUCCCAGUCCUUCCAGGAAAUCUGAGCUGGACACCUCAGUCCUUCCAGGGUCCAUCCCAACGUUUCAGGAACCCCGGGAUGGACAUCCCUGCCAUGCCAGGGUCCAGCCCAAUCCUUCUGGGAGCCCCAACCCUUCCAGGAGUCCCAGGAUGGACAUCCCAACCCUGCCAGGACCCUCAGGGUGGACACCCCAAAGCUUUGGGAUCCUUGGGAUGGCAAUUCCAUCCCUUUGGGGUCUCCUCCACCCUCUUGGGAUGUCCUGGGAUGGGAAUCCUGAUCCCUUUCUGGUGGUUUUGGGGUCUCCUGGAUAAAUCCCAGCCCCUUCCCCGCUGGCCCGGGGAUUUUGAGGUCUGGAUUUUGGGGUCUGACUUGGAGAUCUGGAUUUUGGGAUCAGGACUUUGUAGGGUCUGACUUUGGGGUCUGACUUUGGGGUCUGGUUUUUGGGGUGACACAGCGCUAGUGACCAAAGUUGUACAGGCAGGAGGGGGCUGAGGGUCCCCCCAAAA